UCAUUUUUAACAUUUGUAGGUUAUGUAAGGUUAGGAAUGUGAUGACAGAUCCUUGAAAAAUGUUGAAAACUUUGAAUAUUAGCAACUACCAAAUCAUCAGGUGUCUUACAUCGUCGGUAAAACCUGAAAUACAAUAUAGUUUAACAUUAUUGGAAAAUACAUACAGUAAAGACGACUUUACGAAUGUUACUGAUAAAAUAGCAUCCCACUUGGGCCGAAACCUCCACACGAAAGAGCAUCACCCCCUCAGCCACGUGCGUCAAAGAAUUGUAAAUUACUUCUACAAAAAGUUUGUCAACGGCCGCGGAAAUCCAAUUUUCUCAGUGUAUGAUGCCCUGCCCCCUGUAGUAUCAGUGGACCAAAACUUUGAUAGUUUGCUGACCCCCAAAAGUCAUCCCUCACGGUCUAAAAGUGACUGUUAUUACUUGAACCGGGACUAUUUAUUAAGGGCACACAUGACGGCUCAUCAGUCAGAACUUAUGCGAGCCGGUUUGAAUAAUUUUCUAAUGAUUGGAGACGUUUACAGGCGAGAUGAGAUAGAUAGGACACACUAUCCGAUUUUUCAUCAGAUUGAUGCAGUCCGUUUGAAAACCCGAGAUGAGUUGUUUCCCAAAGAGCAAAGUUUGGAAAUUUUUGAGCUAGGCAAUAACACCCAAAAUACUGGAACUCAGCAGAAACAAGCAUGCCACACUUUAGAAGCAGUUAAAUUGAUGGAACACGAAUUGAAAACCACUCUUACAGGGCUAGCCAAGGAGUUAUUUGGGGAGAAAAUUGAAUACAGAUGGAUUGACACAUAUUUUCCUUUCACUCAACCAUCAUGGGAACUGGAAGUAUGUCACGAGAACAACUGGUUGGAGUUGUUGGGGUGUGGGAUAAUGAGGCAACCGAUUUUAACCAACUCGGGAAUUGUGGAUAGGAUUGGAUGGGCGUUUGGCAUUGGACUUGAAAGAGUUGCAAUGUGUUUGUACAAAAUCCCCGAUAUCCGUCUUUUCUGGUCCAGUGAUACAGGAUUUUUGAACCAAUUUAAAGUAAAAUAUGAUGAAAACGUCACUUAUAAACAAAUUAGUCAAUUUCCGCAAUGUAUCAGCGAUCUCAGUUUUUGGCUUCCGCAAGAUAAGGAAUUUUCAAGUAAUGAUUUCUACGACUUGGCCAGAAACAUUGGAGGUGAUACAAUAGAACAAAUUGUUCUAGUAGACGAAUUCACACAUCCAAAACAUGGAAAAACGAGUCAUUGCUACCGCAUUAUUUACAGACAUAUGGAAAAAACUCUCGUCCAAUCUGAAGUUAACUUAAUUCACAGCGAAAUCGCCAAAGUUGCAGCGUCAACUUUGGGAGUUCAAAUUAGAUAAGGUGCGACUUGUUCUUAAUUCAUAUUUAUUUAAGCAGCACAUUGUUGCUCAGAAAAUAAACGUUAUACUUUACCGA